AAGAGAAGGUUGAAAGUCCACAGACAGCAGCAAGGUCACUGACACAACAACACCGUUCAAAUUGAUUCAGUUUUAGGCCUAAUAAUAAUGGAGAUCUCCGUGUAUAUAAUGGAUGCCUUCACAAAUUCACCAUUCAAAGGAAAUCCUGCGGCUGUGUGUCCACUUUUGCAAGAGCUGAACGAUGAUUUGUAUCAGAAGAUAGCAGCAGAGAUGAACUUGUCAGAGACCGCUUUCAUCACCAUGAUCAACCCUACAGAUACUUUCACUUCUGGAUCAAGAUUUCACCUUAGAUGGUUCACACCAACAACUGAAGUGGAUCUGUGCGGCCAUGCCACCCUGGCCUCUGCAGCAGUGCUGUUCCAGCAUAAAAAUAAUGUUAAUCCAACGGUGGGGUUUGAGACCAGAAGUGGAGCUCUAGCUGUGACCAAGAAGAAAGAAGGAUACAUUAUGGACUUUCCUCUGAAUCCGCCCACCAAGGAGGAUCACAGCGACUUUAAAGAUAUCAUAAAGGCCACAGUAGGAAACCACCCAGUUGAGGAGGUCUUCUUCAGCCGGCACACAAAGAAGCUGAUGAUUCGAUUGCCGGACAGCUGUGAAAGGUCAGUCCUAACCAGUCUGAAAGUUGACCCAGUUGCUCUUCUGAACAGUGAAUCUAGUGGUAGAGUCAGAGGACUGAUCGUUACAAUGAAAGGGUCCCCAGACUGUAAGCCAGGAUUUGACUUCUGCUCCAGGUACUUUGCUCCGUGGGCCGGCGUCCCAGAAGAUCCAGUCUGUGGGUCUGCCCACACCGUCCUGGGUAGCUACUGGUCAAAAAUACUUGGAAAAAAGAAAAUGCAUGCUUACCAGUGCUCGAGUCGAGGUGGGGAGCUGGAACUUGAAGUGAGAGAUGAUGGAAGGAUCAACAUAGCUGGAGAGGCCAUCACUGUACUGCAGGGGGUCAUCAGACUAUAGAUAUAGUCACAGAAUGUGAACUGCCUGAAAGUAAAAUAGAUUAUUUUAAAUCACUUUAAAAAGAAGUAAAUGAGCUCCAAUCCACAUUGAUUAGUCUCAAUAGUAUUCAUAACACGUCAGUUAGGUGUAGAAGUUGACAUGCUUCAUUAUGCUAUAUUAAUGUAAGUAAACCAUCAAUCUCUUAAUUGAUCAAGAAUCUGUCUGAAAUAAUAUUUUUUUACCAUCCUAUUUGACAAUUUUAUUAAACAUAUAAAGAGCUGUCUAUUUCCUAAUGGUUUAAUUAAGUAGAAAGGAAGACAAAACAAAAGAUAAAAAAACACUGAACACUAAUGCUAUCCACUUGUACAAGGAAGUAGGGCAGGUAUUCUGAAUUCAAAAUACAUUUUCAAAAUCUUGUCCAAGCUGGUAAAAGUUUCAACUAUUUAAGGUUUGCUACUCUUUCAGGAGUUUAAAGACAUGGUUUCAAGGUCUAAAAUCCUUAAUUAAUAUCUAACGUAUACUGGAAGGAGGGACUGUGCCAGAAGAAAAAGAAAGGAAGAUUUCAGCCUUUCCAAACCUCCUGGACAACAAACAAUAUCACCAGCAUCAGAAACGUGCCUUAUAGAACUGGAAAAGAGGGGCGGACGGUUUUGGCUUUAAUACUGGUUCUGUCUUCCAGGAAGCUCACUCAGAGUGGAUGGCACCUUGUUCUUUGUUCAGGUGGUUGUAUGUUUGGGUGGUUAAAGUACUCCAAAGAGAAGGACUGAGAACUGCUGAGCACAUCAGCAUGACGAAGCAAAAAACAAAAAUUAGACAAAAGUAACAAAGCGUCACAAUCAAUCUCCGGUUCUGACAAGGUGAGUCAAACGGCCUUGGUGGUUCUGUUGUUCCUCUUGAGUGUCAAAACUCAGCUGUCUCAUGAACUGGUAGUUUCCAGGGAAAGACGUUAGGCACACCUUGGACACACUUGUGUAGCCAUAUGAACAUAGCCAGUUAAUAAGAAAAAUAUUUCCCUUUUUCCUACCAUAUUCUUUAAAGAGAAGACAAGAAAUUAAAAAAAUUGAUUCUUGCAGAUAGAAAUCCCAUCUCCAGGCUGAGGGUCAUUUUUUUAUAUUUAGAGGUCACCAACUAAUUAACACUCCAAUACUAAUUACUGAAUAAAAACCCAAUCACUGGUUACAACUAAAUGUUUAUUGGUUUACAUAUCUAGCUUAUUUAUAUAGCGCUGAUCCACAACAAAAGUUGUCUCAUGGCACUUCACAAGACAAACCGAUAAUUUAUGUAGAGAAAUACAUAACGCUGGUGCUGUAGGGGGUUAAGCAUGCAACCCAUGUGCAGAGGCUUUAGACUUCGAUGUGGUCUGAGUUCGAGUCCCGGCCCCCGGUGACAAAUGCUGCCCCCAUUUCCUGUCUGCCUACUUUAAUAAAAAAAAAUAUUAGAAAAAUAAAGGUCACUAGUGCCACAAAAACAACUCCAUCAUAGUUAUGAAACAUUGCAGUCAAAUCUUGUUUUUAUUUUUCCAAGUUAGUAAAAAGUGUACUUAGGAAAUGUAGCUGAUUGCAUCGGGAGACUGAAUUUGCAGCAAUCACUCCUCCAAAACAGGCAUGUGGAAACUAGACAGAUGGUUGCAUCAUCUCCUUAACUUUACAGCAGCUUAAAAAUGUGCUUAAUAGGCUGCUGCUUAUAAGAGAUACUUUGAGAUAUACUGACACUGAGCAUUAAGACCUGUAGAGGACAGAUAUUAUUCCUGUUCAUCAGAGCAGUUCACGUAAGAAGUGGUGUCUGGGCAGACCAGCCAUAAUGGGCCGCUGGGGCUCAUAUACACUCAAUAUUUGUUUAAAUGGUAUUUAAAGCACAUGUGAAACUAAAUAAGCUAUUUUCCUUUGCAACUUAAACCACAAAUGUGAUGUUUUAUCUACCCUUCUGAUUUGCAUUGUGACUGGUUGUUUGAACACAUGCAGAUUGUUCUUAAAUAGUUUUAAGAUUAAUUUGAACUAAGUCCCCAAAAUAAACCUUGGUUCUUAAACAUAAAUAUCUACACUGAACUGUGAGAUAACUGCAUAAUUUUUAUUAGUUCCCUUUUCCCUUUAUUUGUAUAUUAGCUUUCGUUUCUUCAUUUAGCUUGGUAGUUUUAGUUGAAUUAUUUCUAGCCUAGUUAAAGAGUUUGUUGAUUGAAAUAGUUUAACUUGGAGUUGUAUUGAUUUGUUAAUAAAUUCUUCUAUUUGUGAGA